AUGCCUGGUCGCAGGUGGCGUACUAAAGAUGUGUCUGUAAAAGAUGCAUCAGGGUUGAAAGAUGACGGUUUAGCCUCAAGUUUAGAUAGGUUUGCUGAGGACACCUCAAUGCUUGGUUUCCGUUAUCUACACACAAAAUACGAAACUUGGUUCAGGGUAAUGUGGGGUACUUUGCUGGUCUUUUUCCUAGGGUUAACCGUCUAUCAGGUAAUGGAGCGUAUCGGAUACUAUUUUGUUCGUAAUCCCUUGAACACUCAACGAAUUUAUGACAGUCCAAACCGAGUAACAUUUCCAACUGUGUUGCUUUGCAACAAACUGCAAAUGAAAGCUUCAAAAGUUGCUUAUUACAACCCUAAACUUCUGGGUGCAAUGGCUUUGAUGUAUAACGAAGACGGAUCUCCUUCACUUGAUCCGUCUGUGGCGGAACUUGUUGCUUCCUUCGAUGAGACUGAUUUUUUCCACAUCUUUCAAAGUUCAUUACAAAAACCAGAAGACCUUCUUCUGAGUUGCUAUUACGGUAGAGGACAAUCCUGUAUGGAUGAAAUACGCCCGGUAAUUACACCAGGCGGUGUUUGUUUUGCGGUGACCAGCAACAUUACUGUCGAGCGACCAGGUCCAGAAACAACUCUGUCACUGCUACUGAACUUGGAGAGUUACGAAAUAAUACCUGGCUGGGUGGCAGAACCUGGAGUUGUGGUAUCGAUGUACGAUCAGUCGAUUCCACAAACAGCUUACUCAGGUGAAGGGAUUCAUAUAAGCGCCGGAAAAGUAGUUACAAUCCCUAUUAACAGUGUUCGAAAGAGAAUUUACCACGACAAAAUAGAGACCGAGUCUAUCGAAUUAUGCCCAGAAGACUGUAUUGAAAUAACGUAUAACACGAUUGUAUUCGGUAACAAAAUAGAUCCCAACGAAAUUGCGACUUUUUUGCCAAGUGACUGGGAAGACGACAAGGAGAAUCGGCUUAAUAGUUUUCAGGCAGUUUUUGAUAUCAUUCCAAAAUAUCGAAUUCCGUUGAUCAGAAGCAUUCAAAAACAAGCUUACGAAGCACAACGCUUUUCUGAAGAGAUGUCUAAACUACUGGGUGUGGAAAAAAAUGCGAGUAUGGCAGUUCUACCUUGUAUCAAGGACGAAUCGACAUUCAAUAUCUCCGAUGCUAUUGAUAAACUUCAUAAAGCUGAGCCUAUUUGGAACUGCCUUUCCAACUUUAUUGAAACCGUUCUACCGUUCCAAAUUGGUUCUAUUUUAUCACUACUGCACAUUGAUCUGGACGAAGAUUUUAUGCUGAUCCAAAGCAGCUCUUAUGCAUCAGAAAGUUACCACGAUUUGCAAAAGAAGGUAAUUAAAGAUGACUUACUGCAGGCAAACAAAUGA